AUGAUGCUAGGUCGGAGUGAGGGCUCAAUCACUGCAGUCGCUAGGGCCCGCGAUUUCAAGCUCACUCACAAGAGGAUCGAUGGGGAGGUUAAAGAAGAAGAAGAAGAAGAAGAAGAAGAAGAAGAAGAAGAAGAAGAAGAAGAACGGUGGAUGGAGAGGUUGAAGAAGGAGGAGAACGGUGGAAGGAGAGGUUGA